AUCCAACAUAUAUACAAGAAAAACAUUUACACAGUUGGUGAACAGGCUAGUUAAGUUAGGUAGAUUCAUAACAAAGAAAGGAGUCUUAAUGAUGAUUAAUUGUUGCCAAGUGUACAGAAAGGCGUGUCAUCCUCUUGUUGCUGCACUUAUGUAUUCACAAUAAUGGGAGUGUCACAGCAUUUUUCCCAGAGCUGUGUCUUUUACGCUCUAUAUACGUGACACUGCGUUUGCUUUGUUGUUUUUCGUUACGUGUUUGUGGAAGUUCUUGAAUACUGAAGCGCAGAUCGUCCAGCAACUGUUCAGUGGGAUUUAUUUGAUGCGAAGUGGCUUAAUGGAGUUAGGAACGCAAAGAGAGGCUCGGAUUGGAUGUGCUCACGCGCAUCACGCGGCGCGACAGCAUUAGGAUGCUUCACAAGAACAGCAAGCAUCCGAGUGGGCAAUAUAGGAAGUCCACACAUCACUUUUUCUGGUUCCUCUGUCUCUGGCUUCACUUCUUACCUCAAGUGAAUGGCUUCUUUAUGUCUGAUACCAAAGCCGUCCUUCAAGGAUGUGACGACUACUGGACUUUCCAGUCACAGGGGCAUAUUCCUGUGCUCUUUCUAACAACAGUAUGUGUGGACGUACGGGUUCUAUCCCUGGGCACAUGGACUGCAUUUAGCUAUGUGUCGGCCCCCGCAGCCCGCUAUGAACUAGCCCUUCAGGGUGAUGGAAACUCCCUGUACGCCUGGCUUUUGGGCGUAAGGCAUCAGUUCCCCGUCCAUCUGAUCCCUCUCCGCUGGUACCACCUAUGCCUGCGAUGGGACGCCCCUCACAAAAGCUUCAGUCUGACGAUUAGGGGCCACCCAGAAGUGUAUCAGCGCACGGCCAUCGCUCGUGCAAUCCCCCCCUCCGGGCGGCUUCUGCUCGGCUGUCAGCUGAACAAGGCCUCCCCUGGCGUCAACAUAAGCACGGUGGAGCUCUACCUGUUCCGCAUAUGGGACGAUGUGGGGGAGCACCAGGCCUGCGAGGAUGGCACGGUGGUUGGCUGGGAUUCGCAGUUUUGGACCGUCACACGAGCCCAGGCCAGAGUCCAAGAUUCUUCUCUGCAAUGUGGCCUAAAGCAUCUGCGUAAGAAACGCGUUGCACAAAAGAAUACACCGAAAUCCAUCAGAUCCUCAGGCCCGGCUACCAGUCGAAAUAAUUUCCUGAAGUCUCCAAGUCCACUUUUCUCUACUUUGGGAUCAUUAAUAACCAACACACGUAGAGUUCUCCAAGAAAAUACCGCCUCAAUUCCUCCUAGAAGUACCUCUAUUAGUAUGGUCACCCUUCCAGCUCAGGGUCACAUCACAAACACAACCUCACAAGCCAGAACCACAUUAAAUUCUUCCAAAGUCAAUGUAGUGGCUAACUCAACCGCAAACACUUCAGAACCCAUCACAACACCUACUACACCCUCAGUAAAUCUCACCAGACCAACACAAGCUCCCCUCACAAAAACUACCACCUCAGACAAAACCAUCACAAUCCCACCUCAAGUUCUGAUUGGUUCAACUGUAAAUAUCACAACCAUUACAUCACACAAUGGUUAUUUCAAUAUCACAGACUCGCCAUCCUCCAACCAAACCAUCCGGCCUACCCAUAACACAUCUGCCCGGACGCUUUCAAGCCCUCCCAUCAAUGGCAACGCCUCUUCUGCGAAUCCUAGCUCUGAAUCGACCAUUCAGACAGCGGCGCACCUUAGCACUACACCUACUGUCAAGGCUCAAGUAGCGAAUCAGUCAGCGGUUCUCCGGACAAAGAGGUCCACUACAUUAAUCACAGAGUCAUUUGGGGUGCCGUGUAACUUUUCUCAGUACUGCGCUGAUCAAUCUGCAUACUACUUGAUGCCUGUGGAAGCGAAUGGGACUAAUGUAACUGAAGAUAUUAAAAACUGGUUUUCAGAUCUUUUUAAAAUGACUGCCAGCAUUGCAAAUGAUACCGCAGAUGCAUUUAUGAAUGCUGAUGUUCAAUGUCAAGACAAUUUGAACAUAAAGCGGACUAACUGCACUGUGCUGCUCAAAUUUAGCCAGCCUGAGAAUGCUUGCAACCUCCGCAAGCUGGUGGAAAGCAGUGCUACAAACACCUUACUAAAAAUAAGCCUUCUGGGAGAUGUGGAGAGAGUGGGAAAAGGCGUCUGCAUGGAGCAGAAUAUUUUAGCACCUGAAGGAGAUUUUGUGCACUGCACAUCUUCUUUGUCUUACGAUAAAGUCUGCCAAAUCCAAGGACUUGUCAAUGUUACAUGCUCUUAUGGAAAGAAUGCAUUCAUCCUUAAUGAUUUACCAAUCCUGCAGAACCAAUCCUGCAAUGUUGAAAACCAGCAACAAUGUGAGUGUCACGUAUCUAACAACAACGAGGGAUAUUUUGCCCUUCGUUUGAAUAUUUCGAGCCCGGACGUGAAUUUCACAUCUAUUCAGAACGUGGUUUCAGAGUGGAGCUCUCCCUGCAACGAAUCCAGCAUAUUAGGGUCUCAAUGUAAUCCUGUUGCAUCCCAGUUUUAUCAGGGAAUGCACCUGGAAUGUUUUGGUGAAGGAGCAAGGCUCUACACCUGCAUGUUAACUGUACAGCUAUCACAACAUGUAGAUGUGUGUACUGCUAGCGCCGCCGUGGCCUUUCUUUGGAAGGACAGCACCAGCAUCAUUUUUGAUGGGCCUGUUCAUAAAACAGCUAUAUGUCGAUUGCCCACUGAUUCUGUAAACAUAUCUUUAAACUCUACAUUUACCUGGACCUAUGUAAAUAUGAGUGCCAGCCAGAUUAAUGAAGUCAAAAACCAGCUGAAAUGUAAACAGGGUCAGACGUUUGCUGUUCUUUUGAAUGAAAGCUGUGAGAUCUCUAAACCUACUCCACCUCCCAGCACAACCACAGGGAGCAAAGCAACAUCCAUAAAUAUCACAUCUCCAUCCAUAACUACAACACCCAGCAUUGAGGACACACAGCAUACUUCUGUUACAACACUGAACACAACAGUCUCAGUAUCCAAUAUCAGCUUCACAUCCAUUAACAGUACAAACACUCAGACAAACACAUUGUCGCUCAAUACAACAGACCUGCCACUCAUUCCGUCAGUCACACUGCCCACGACAAUAGCCACACAUAGAAAUACACCAGGUGCACUGGAAAAUGCAACUCUAACACCAGUCAAUAUAUCAGUCCCACUGGUGAUUACAGUCACACCACCUGACACAACUGCACCAACUUUAAAUACAAAAGAAACACAGUUUAAUACAACCGGCAGAGCACUCAAUACAACUAUCACAACACUUAAUACAACAAAUACAACAUUCAAUGCAAACGAAACACUAUUACCUACAACAGUCACACCACUCAAUACAACUAUAACAACACUCACUACAACUAUCACAACUUCAAAUUCUAAAGAAAUGGCGUUAAAUACAACAGUCAUAACACUCAAUGCAACAGUCACACCAACCACUACAACUAUCACAACACUCAAUACAACAGUCACAAGACUCAAUACAACAGACACAACACUUAAUCCAACAGACACACUGUUAAAUACAACAGUCACAACCCUCAAUACAACUAUCACAACACUAAAUACAACAGUCACACCAACCACUACAACUAUCACAACACUCAAUACAACAGUCACAACACUCAAUACAACAGACACAACACUUAAUCCAACAGACACACUGUUAAAUACAACAGUCACAACNCCCAAAAAAAGAAUAUUCCUAGCUUUGUUACUGUGGUAG